GAGAGGCGCUGACCCCAGCAAUUUUCCCGGAAAAAGAAAGGAGAAGUGGAGGAAAGGAAAGAAAUCUCGAGAAAAUUUUGAAAGACUGACAAGUCAAUGCCUGUGCGGACGGUAUACACAGUAGAAACUACAAAGAAAUGAGAGAGAAAGCUCCCGCAUUCUAGAGAGAGAGAGAGAGAGAGAGAGAGAUCGCAGGCGGAUUCAUAGUUCCAUACAGGGAGCUGGAUGAUUAGAUUACUCUCCGAUGGACUGCCAUUCGAGAUCUAGAGGAGCUCGCCUCACGGCUUUACAUUGAACGACGUAUCGUCGCUCCCCCGAUGCAAAUCCGCUUCGAGAACUCCCACUAGACCGGUCAAACUUGCUCCGUCUAGCUUAGGCUCUUCGACGCUCGAUACAGCACGCACUUCCGAAUCGAGCCUCUCGAUGCUGUGGAGGAAGGGGGUCGAGGAGGAUCUCCUAGGGUUUCGGGAUUAACCUCCCCGGGGGGUUCUCAAUUAGGGGCGGAAUCGGAGAGCAUUUUGCGGGGGUUGAUUGAGAGGUGGUGAUGAGCGAUGGGCGAUAAUCCGGCUGCUUUGCACACGGCGGCGAACGCUGUGCAGGCGCUGGGCCGGGGCUUCGACGCGAAUUUCGACGCGAGAUUGCUGUAUUGCAAGGGCGUCGCGGGUUCCAGAGUGGUGCAGGUCGAUGAGGAGCACGCCAGAGAUCUCUGGUUGUACGAUGAUCUGGUCGUGCCCAAUGUUUCCAGGGACGUCAGUGUUUCUCAGGUGUCUGCCGGUCGCCAGCAAUCUGGGAUUUACACCUACGAUGAGAUGGUGGAACACUUCAAUAGAAAGGUAAAUCUAUCUGGAAGCCUUCCUUUAGGAAGCUUCAAUGCUGCAUUUAGCUUUACUGGCUCAAAGCAUAUUGAUGCAGCGGCUACAAAGACCCUCUCCACAGAUGGGUUCUAUAUACCACUUGCUAAGGUGGAAAUUAGCAAAUCUCCUUUAGUGUUGCAAGAAAAUGUGAAGCACGCAGUUCCCUCUUCAUGGGAUCCACCCUCCUUAGCAAGCUUCAUUGAGAACUUUGGGACACAUGUGAUUACUUCUGUGACAAUUGGUGGGAAAGAUGUGAUUUAUGUGAAACAACAUCAGUCAUCACCUCUGACAACUACGGAAAUAAAAAAUUAUGUCCAGGAAAUUGGAAACCAGCGAUUCUCUGACACAGAGAGUCAUGCAAGUUCAGGUCAAAAGAAAAUUAAGGACAAGGGUGCUGAUCCUCACUUAUUCUAUAGCCAGGGAGUAUACCCUCAGCCUACAGGAGCAGCAUUUCUAUCUGGUAAAGAAGAUGUUACAGUAAUAUUCCGGAGGAGGGGUGGAGAUGAUUUAGAACAAAAUCAUGUUCGGUGGGCAAAUACGGUGCAGUCUUCUCCUGAUAUCAUUGAGAUGACCUUUUCUCCAAUUACAGCUCUCGUUGAUGGCAUAACUGGAAAGGAGCAUUUGACUCAAGCUAUUAAUCUCUAUCUUGAAUACAAGCCACAGAUUGAAGAGCUGAGGUACUUUCUAGAAUUCCAGAUUCCACGGAUAUGGGCUCCUGUCCAGGACAAGAUUCUGGGCCCACAAAGAAAAGAACCUGUUUGUCCAUCUCUGCAAUUUAGUAUAAUGGGGCAGAAACUUUUCAUCAGCCAAGAGCAGGUAUCAGUCGGAAGGAAGCCUGUCACAGGCCUGCGGUUACGUCUGGAAGGAAGCAAGCAGAAUAGGCUAUGUAUACAGCUUCAACACUUUGCAUCUCUUCCAAAGAUCCUUCAGCCAUACUGGGAUGCUCAUGUCGCAAUUGGUGCUCCCAAGUGGCAGGGGCCAGAGGAACAAGAUAGUCGAUGGUUUGAGCCAGUCAAAUGGAAGAACUUUUCACAUGUUAGUACAGCACCAAUUGAAAAUCCAGAGAGCUUCAUAGGUGAUCUUUCUGGUAUCUACAUUGUCACCGGAGCUCAACUUGGAGUGUGGGAUUUUGGGGCAAGAAAUGUUCUAUACAUGAAGCUCUUGUAUUCUCGGCUACCUGGUUGCACAAUUCGAAGAUCACUAUGGGACCAUUCACCGCAUGACAUGUCGAGGAAAGCUUGUAACAAUGGCAGCAGCGCCAGCUCUGGUGACUCCAAUUCAGGUUCAAGUGAAAACCCUUCUGGUGGCAACAAGUUGGCAAAGUUUGUCGAUGUGUCAGAAAUGAGCAAGGGACCACAAGACCCCCCGGGUCAUUGGAUAGUUACUGGUGGAAAGCUGGGUGUGGAGAAGGGAAAGAUUGUUUUGAGGAUGAAGUACUCGUUAUUAAAUUAUUGAAACUUGUGAAUGUGCCUCUGUAUCGUUUCCAGUGCUGACUUUAGUUAGGUGGGAUCGGCAAUUGUAGUAGAAAUGCUGUAGCGUUCACGUGUGGGGAAACAUUGCAGUUCAAAGUUCAAUGGGUGGUCUUGAGCAUUGUAUUGUUCUUCCAAUUUUGAUGGGGAAUUGUGUUUUCCUAUUCUGGAACGGGGCUGAUAUACCCUUGACAAGUGGAGAUUCCCGAGUUGUA